AUGGUCUCAACUCUCAGUGUUGAGAGUGAAAAGCCUUACACCGUCGAAAAGCAUGUGCCGUAUGAAGUCAAGGUACCUGUUGAAAAGAAGUACACCGUUGAAGUACCAAAACCAUACCCCGUUGAAAUCAAGGUACCAGUCCCGAAGCCAUACACGGUUUACGAGCAUAAGGAAGUUAUCGUCGAGAAAAAGGUCCCCGUCGAAGUGAAGCAUUACGUUGACAGGCCGUACUACGUAGAAAAGGAAGUUCCCGUUCCAGUGGAAAAGGAGGUUCCCUACGCGGUGCCGUACCCAGUCCACGUGCCCAUCAAGCACGAGCACCACCACGAGCACCACGCGGAGGGCGGCUUCGAGCCCAGCUACGGCCACUACGAGCACCACCACUAG